AUGUCUUUCCCUUACAAGAAAGUUCUCCUGAUUGGAGCUACCUCAGGUACAUCUCCUUGUCAGUCACCAAAAAGGGAAGUAACUGGCGCUGAUACAGCCACAGGCAUUGGCCGCGAUUUAGCUACCAGCUUCAUCCAGCAUGACCGUUUCGUGAUUGCAGUUGGUCGGAGACAAGAAAAACUGAAUGCAUUUGUCCAGGAACACGGUGCAGACAAGGCUGCAGCAUUCCAGCUGGACACCAGCCAGCUGGAUAAGAUUCCACUUUUUGUGAAGCAAGUGACCCAACGCCAUCCGGACCUGGACUGUUUUUUCGUCAACUCUGGCAUCCAGCGACGAUCUGUCUUUAGCGAGCCAGAGGCGAUUAACAUGGCAGUGAUUGCGGAGGAGAUGAAUGUGAAUUACAUCUCCUACGUUGCCUUGACAAAAGACUUUCCACCGUUUUUCCAGAGCAAGAAGGAUACUCCAACAUCGUUUAUAUACACAUCAUCUAAUCUAGCCCUCGUCCCUAUCCUGCGAUGCUCCAACUACUGCGCCUCUAAGGCGGCCCUGCACCACUGGAUUCUCUGCCUACGGGAACAGCUAAAGGAAACAAAUAUCAGGGUCGUCGAAGUCUUUCCGCCUAUUGUUGAGAGCAAUAGCCCCUUUUCCUGCCACGAAGACAUAAGAUAG